AUGGCUUCUUCGAAAGCCCACCCUCCUAUGCCUGCAAAGAAGCCUGGGCCACCUCCUAUACCUUCAAGGUUAGAUCUUGGUGAGGCACCUGUGGAUUCUGUCAGCCCCAAUAAAGGGCUUGGAAAAGAUGACUUAUCAACCAAAGGAUCCCCAAAAAUUAAGUGAGAAAAAAAGCAUAACAAUUAUAAUUAUUAUAAUCACUAAGUACUAUUAUUACUAUUAUUAUUAUUAUAAGUUUUUUACUUUGUUAUUAUUGCUUAUUAUAUUUCUGUUCUUAAAUACCCCAGUAACCAAUUGGUACUUCCUGUUGUGUUGUCUGUGCCUCAGUGAUGAUAUUGUUGACACCAUUAGUCAUGUAGUUCAAUUGUCUUGGUUGGUCAUUGGGAUACAUUGGUUCGGUUUAUCAACGCUCAUCCAAAAAGUGCUCAAUCAGAAACUUUGUUACAUGUUUACAGGCUGCUUCAUGAAACCUUAAAUAGGGUCCUGUGUUGGUUACUUACUCCUUUACUACAAAGAGGGAUCAGAAUAUGUUUUCUCUAUAAACUAAUCCUUUAACUCCCACAAGUGAUAAACAAGUAACUUCUCACUGUAAUAUGUAUAUGUCCAGCAAACAGGUAAUGAGAAUAUUCAAACUUGUCUGGUAGAAGGUGUUAUCAUAAACUAACACUAAAUUUUUGUAUUCAAUUUACUGGGAAAUGUAUGAAAGCUAGAGGGGAGAAUUGACAAUUAGAUAUUGGGAGUUAAAGGGUUAAAAAAAAAUUUUCAACCAAAGUUUAAAAAUAAUUGUUGAGUGCAUUGGUUUUGCUUUGCUCUCCUCUUAGUCUUAAAAACUGGCACCUAGUCCUCCUCAACCAAUCUGGUGUAUAUUAGUCAUGUUUGGUGUAAAGCUAAACCAAUUAUGACUUGGCCACUUGCAUUUUCUUGCAAUCCAGGUAGAUAACUUGGUUCUAAUUUGAGUUUUCAUUGGCUCCUUAUGAUAGUAGAGCUCACAGAGCGUAGCCCCAUAAUUAUACAAAACAGCAGUAACCCAUCAAGCCGAAAAAAUUUGGAUGUACAACCAUACGAUGGUACAAACGUACGACCAUACAAGGUGCUACUUUUAACAUACAUGGUCAAGUGUACUGUGGGCACGCCAAUGCCAUGGCUUUGUUCAGUAGUCCAGUGGUCAGUGCACUGGGCUCUGAGGUGGAUGACCUGGGUUCUAGUCCUUGCAGGGGCAAAGUGUUGUGCCCUUUAGACGUGCAGGAAAAAAAAAUGCGAGCUCUGCUUCUAGGCUUGGCUAAAUUUAUAUAUUAUUUCCUUUUUUCUAUUUGGCCAUUGUAGAUUAAGGGUAUGCUGGCUUUUACCCCUUAACUCCCAAAAGUGAUUAACAUGUAACUUCUCCCUAUAAUAUCUAUACAUUAUCUAGCAAACAGUUAAUAAGAACACUCAAACUUAUCAGGUAGAGGUUGUUAUCUUGAUCUUAUGCCAAAUUCUCUCAACUAAUUUACAAGGAAAUGUGUAGCAACUAGAGGGGAGAAUUGACAAUCAGAUCUUGGAAGUUCAAAAUUUUUACAGAGAAAUAUACAGAGAACUACAUGAAGUACUAUUUUUCCUCAAAUUUCUCAGGACAAGACAACAAAUACAUGUAGAGUAUUUGGAUGGGAGAAUUAGCUCUGAGAUUUUCUAAGUUAAGGUUUGAAAUAUUCUUCACCAUACCUUGUUGUUAAGAGAAAUUAUUUAAAGAAAAUAUCUACUUAUGAGAUAAACAUUUGAAUACAGUUUGAAUCGUUUCUCUCUCUUCUUAAAUAGGGCAAAAGGGAGGCCAGAGAUAACCAUAGUAUCAGCAAGACCAUUGGAUUCCUCGGGAGUCAUACCACCUCCUUCCCACACCAAUCAGCCUGCAUCAGCAACUCAGAUUCCAACUAUCCCCCUAAAGCCAGGCCGAAAACCUAAGGGUAGGGAGCCCCCACCCAGACCCAAGUCCCGCCCUGUGAGUGAACUUAACUUGGGAACAGAUGAAAAGAACGAAGGGACAAUUUCUGGGGAGGGAGCCAGCGUUCACGAACCUGCUGAGAAGGGCAGGGAGAGGUCGAAUGGAGUGGAGGUUCCGAAGAAGGGGCCUGUCUCAAGGAUCUCAGCACCAGUUGCUCCGGUGCGGAAGAUAUCAAAAGACGAAGCUGAGGAGAGUGAUAUCGCAGGACGAAAUUUAAAUCCUUUCCUUAAUGAUAACUUAGAAUCGAAUGGAGAAGUAGAACCUGACACAAUGAAAGAUCUUCCUGUAGGAAAGAAGCCCGUUCCAAAGCCCACAGUCAUUCGACCAAAACUGAAAGAAAAGGAAAAGAAUAAUUCAGACCCCAUCGUGGAAGAUGAUGAGCAAAAUGGCGUCUGCAGUGUAAUAACGGUUCAUGAUGGAGCUACAGGAAAGAAAAGCAAACCUACAGUCAAAAAAGCAGAUGACACAGAGGGUUUGAAGGGGAAACAAGACAAAAAAGAGGAAUUUGGUGAAAAACCAAAACCUGAUAAUAGUGACGGAAGGAAACCACCUCCUCCUGCUAAAAAACCAAAGCCGCCUGUUAAACCGAAACCAUACAGUUCUUCAGAAACGCCCAGUAAACCGUCGACGGAAGAAGCCCCAAAAGAGAUAACCGCUGCCCCCAAACCUAAAAGUAGGCCCACGGUGAUAGUUGCGGCCAGGCCUCCAAAGAAGAGUGAAGCAGUGAAGCCUGGUGAGGAAUCUUCCGCAAAUAAGGAUCAAGUGGAUAAACCUCCUCUGAAAUCACCCAAUACAAAUGAGUCUACUCAGAGCAUGCAGGAGGCAAAAACCAAAGAAACAGCGGUUGAUUCACCAGCUGUGAAACCAAGGCGUGUUCCUACUGUUAUUACAGCAUCCCGCCCUGAUUCACCAAGCCCUCAUGCCGAGCGUAAACCUCCCAAAAGGCCAAAGAGAGGACCGAGUAUCAAGGCAGCACCACGACGACCAAUUAGUGCUCCAAGUGAGGAGAACCAAAGUUUCGGUGCCCUUUCAACCGACAGUCAAGACGAGCUAAACACGCGAGUUUCCCAGCAGGACGCGGAAACACUGCAACAGAAAUCACCAAAACCUAGAAGACCCGUGAGUUUGCCUGGAGUCAAAGGCAGAGAAGCGUUAACAACUGCAGAGAAGGCGAGUGAUGCUAGUUCUCCACCAGAAGAGACGAGUAAUCAGACAAGGAAGAAUUCGAAGAAGAGACCACCCCCGCCGAGACCACCUGCAGUGGAUAAUGCUGGUAAGCCUGUGGUACAUUCUGAACCCCAAGAUUCGAGCGACAAGUCCAAAGGGAGAGGAAAACCCCCUCCGCCCAGACCUCUCGCGGUGGGACAUGCCGGUAACAAAAUCGACACGGCCGAAUCAGCAAUCACCGAUGUGCAUGACUCAAGCGAGAAGUCAAAAAGAAGCAAACCACCGCCCAGACCUCCCGCAGCGAGUCACGCCGGUGAUGGACCGGCCUCGACUCCAGAGGAAGACAAGACCGUCAUACAAGACUUUGAUGACAAAAAGUCAAAAAAGAAAAACAGACCUCCGAGGCCGUCCUUCAAGGUGAUUGACACUAAACAAUCACGUGGGGGUAAAGAAGAAGGUCACGCAGACGAGAAACGCAAACCAGCUAAACCUGUACCUGUCGCUCCACUUGGAACCAAUCUCACGAAAACGAAUGUGACUGAGACACGAACGGUGGCCGAGUCGUCAGCUGACAAUCACGUGAAAGACAUGUCACAGACGCGUGAUUCUGAACGAAGAGGAGAUGGAUCUGCCACUGAAGACCACGAAGAAGAGAGAAAUGAACAGGCGUCUUCGAAAACCAAAGCGAAACCAGCGAGACCUCCAUCUUCUUCAGUCUCGACAAAGAGCAAACCACCUCGACCAUCAACAUCUGGCGAAAAGUAAGCAAAACCUAAGCCUUCGUUGUUUGGUUGCAUUCGCGAGUUAGAAACCGUUCGUCAGACAUUUGGCGGUAGAAAUUGUAUAAGUUAAGAUGAUUCAUGGCUCAGUUUUGCUUUCUUGUUUGUGUUCAUUACUAGACGUUUUACUCAUUUUGUUUCCCAUUUUUUUAUGUGUGCGUGGACCCAGGGAAGAAGCUAAAGAAGAGCAAUCUACGACCACAGUGUCAUCCGUGAGUAAGACAUACAUCGAACCUUCCGCCAUUGCUUUGUACGACUAUGAACCUACUGCAGCGGAUGACCUAUCAUUUAAUGUAAGUGAAUGAAUUUAUAAAUUAAUCUAUGUUUUAGUCCGUUGGGGUUAUGUUUACGGCGGUUUGAGGAUUGUAAACAGGUCACACAGUUGGAGACGUCUAACCAGCAAGAUUUUCCAGCAGAAUUAGCAACUCAGUAAACGUUAAAGUCGUUCUUUCUCCCAAAACUGUGGUGGAUAGCGACAUCGAAAUAAACGUUUUUGAAAUUUUGGGGCAAGUGUCCUAUAAACCAUUUCGAUCACCGUCAGAAGAUGUUCACUUCCAGAUGACUGGAAGUUGUAGCCUUUGCAAUUGUUUAAGUUGAUAAAUCCAACGUUAGUUAAGGUGUUGCAUUUGAUAUCAAAUAGUGGUUGAUCUUCUCUCGUCACCAGGCAGGCGAUGAAAUUGUUCUUGUGCAAAAGAUGGACGAUGAUUGGUACGUAGGCCGGCUUGGAGAUAAACAAGGGAUGUUUCCAGUGAAGUUUGUGGAAAUAAUUGAGGAUCUCCCGCAAGAAACGGAAUUACAAAGUCAGGUAAACGUGUACAGUUUACUUCUUUUAAAGUACAUAAUCAAAAAUUCCUUCCGCGGAAGCUUAAUAUCGUAGUUAGUCUCCUAUCUUCUCAUUGGAAUAAUCUGGAUGCCAGCGUAGAGCAGUCGGGAGGGCUAUUUAAGAUAAGAAUUUAACAUUUUCACUGUAUUUCUCUCCACUUUUCGCUUUGCAUCUCUUUCUCUUUUAAUCCAGAGUGAGACUGUAGUUAUUAGGCUUUCGGUCAGUAGAGGAGGUCGAAAUUGAGCGACAAAAAUGAAAAAAUGAAAAAACAACUUGGCCAUUGGUCUUCGAGAGAGAAAAAGGCGGUCUUUGCUUUUUUUCUUUCUCUGGAUCAUACGUCGCGGUGUUUGGCUGCUAGGCCCAAGGGCACGGUGUCCAAGCCAUUUAAGCGUUAUUUGUAUAGACCGCUGAAAUGCUAAACAUGUUUUAUUUUUUGUGCAGCCAGCUACACCGCCAGAGAGCUCCCCAUUCAACGUGAUGUCAUUGUAUGAUUUCCAUGGAAACCUGGAGGAUGGCGAAAUAGACUUCACUGCGGGUGAAAUUAUUCACGUGGUCGCCAAGAUCAACGACGAUUGGUUAAGGGGCGAACUCCGUGAGCAGUCCGGGGCCUUUCCAUGUAACUUCGUUGAUAUAAGUACAGAUGUAAUCAAGAAGUUGCCUCAGUAUGAGGAAAAGGAGACCAUAUCCAAAGGUAAUGAAGAAGAAUCUUCGGACUCGAGUUCAAAUUUGUUCUGCGAGGCGUUGUAUGAUUAUCAUAGCGACGUCUCGCAAGAUCUAAGCUUCAAUGCCGGAGAUGUCAUCAGAAUUAACAAGAGAGUAGGCAAGGAUUGGAUUGAAGGCGAACUUCAAGGAAAAAUGGGUAUGUUUCCGGCAGCCUAUGUAGAAAUUCUUCACGACGUGCCAGAACAAAAGAAGCAACCAGGUAAGCAGUAAGCUUUCAUCUUCGACGUCUCACUUCCCACGGUGAAUAAAGCUGAAGAAAGCUCUUUUUGGAGGAGUUUUCCGUCAUCGUGUAAGAAUUUUGAGAAGCGUAUGAAAAGCGUUGGAUAGUUGAGUGGACCAACGCUCGAUCAAAGUAGUAUUGCUUUCACGUGGUAGAGGCAGUUAGCGUGCGAACGAAGACAAAUUGCCGGCUGGCUAUAUAAAGGCGGAUUUAGAAAAUCGAUAAACCUGGGUAUUGUCGGAGGGGGGUUUUUCAACGAGAAAUAGUUUUUUUCCAUUAUUAGCUGUAAACCUGCUUCACUCUGCAUGCAACUAUAAACGUUCAGAUAGAACGACAAGUGAUAAUGAAGAUGGCGCUAAGGCAAAGCAAAGGACCAGUUGCGGCUUUUUAAGCAAUUCACAGUUUUCUUGUUAGAGAAAAGCGCUUUUACCAGGUGGAAAUCACCUCAAUUUUGCUGGAACUCAGUGUACAAUUGAAUACGACCAAUGGUUGCCAAGGUUGUCACUAGCAAACUUGUCUAUUUAUAUUCAGAGGAGAAAGAGCAUCACAAUGUUGAAUAUGGUAUAGCACUGUAUGAUUUCACCGGCUCAGCAGCCGACGAACUGACGUUCCAUAAAGGAGACAAAAUAGAAAUCACCGAAAGAAUUAACGAUGAAUGGCUGAGAGGAAAACACAAAGGACAGGAAGGAAUGUUUCCGCGGGCUUUUGUGCAACUUUCAAAAGAGGAAUCAGGUAACGGAUUGAAUUAAAAGCUUACCUUUCUAAUAAAUAGACAGCUAUGUAGGUUAACCCAUCGGCCUAGGUUAUUACCCCGCCGACGGAUGAUGUCGGAAAGGAAAGCAUUAUUACAAGAAUGAUUUACAGAGCUAUCGAAGAUUCCAUAGCGUUUGGAGUAUUACUGCUCCCCAGUGGAUGGGAUGUUUUUUAAUCGUAUGUUUCCCCACGAAGUUUUGACGGUUGACCGGUACCAUUUUUUCCUUAAGUGACGGGAGAUAUUUUUGAUUUUUUCGCAAAGCAUCUUGCCUAAGAACACGACACCAUUACGUAAUCGGCCAAUGCCGGAGCCUGAAUCAAGCACUAACCAUUGUACCAAAGCGUUACCCAUAGCGAAGGACGAGUUACUUUCGUGUCAGGGAUGUUACAUCUAGGUCCAACGUAAAUUCUUUGAGUACUAGCACGUAUCUCCCUCUCUUUAUUUAGCUAAGCCCUAUUUUCUGCCUACCCCAGUGAAGUCAACUUUCACUCGUAAAGAAAGGAGACAAGGCUUACAAGGACUCGAAAAGUAAAUUUUAAUCGCAUCGCGCAAAAUGCCUGGACAUUAUUAGUUAUUCAUGAGCACUGAAGCGGGUAAAUUUGAAUGCGAUCGCGCCUUGAAAAGCCCAGAUUAAGAGAAGAAAGGACCGAAACUAGCGUUGAUAAUUGCUUACCAAGGGAAAACGCACGAGGCUUCUGUGUGCCUCUUCUCUGCUUGAACAUCUCCGAGUGAAAUGUCGUAAGGAGGAAGGGCAGAGCGAUGUUGAAUAAGCUAGCUUUAAUAACCAAGUACCUGCACCAUCACACGACUUUACGUUUAACGGCCAAAAAAUAUUUACUUGUACCUUUUUUUCUUUUCAUGCAGAGACAGAAUUUCCACCUGUCGAAAGAGAAAUGCAACCAACGCCAAAAGCCAAGGCGUUGUUUGAUUUUAAUGGCGAGUUUGAAGAUGAGCUGUGUUUUAAAGUAAGAUUCUUGUUAAUCAGUUCUUCUCACUUCCACAUUUAACUACUUGCUUCAAGCAUUUUAUGGACAUCUUUCUAUUUCUAUGUUUCCAACGCACUCUCGAUUAAUUUCUUAUGGCGUCUGUUUUUCCUACAGACUGGUGACGUAAUUGUACUCCUGGAGCGCGUAAAUGACGAGUGGCUUCAAGGGGAACUGGAAAUGAAAGUCGGUCGAUUUCCAGCAGCAUUUGUUGAAAUCCUGACACCACUACCUUAAGAUUUCUCUCUAGUGGAAUCUACCUAAUGCAGAAAAAAGACAAAAACAAAAGAGGAAAAACAAUGGAAUAAAACCGCAAAAACAGUUGUCUCUGUUUGAUAUUUUAGGAGGGGGAGAAAGAAACCAUUUUCAGACAUAAAUGUGGUGGCCGUGCACAUUUCGCGAGGCUGGAAAAUUAAACUUGAGCAAGUGAACCUGGUGUUUGUUCUUUGCGUUUGAUGUUAGGAGAAUUCAUACUGGACUGGCUGACAACUCACCUCGAUUUUACGUGACAAAGUGAAGUUCCGUGGGCACACUCGCUCCGGUGUGUUUGACAUGGGAAGAGGUGAUGAUAAAUUGCAACCGUUUGAUUGAACAAAUAGAAUUACUACAAAUCAGAACUGUGAGUCUCGCUAUAGUCUUUUGAUUAUUUUUAUUUUAAUUCAUUACGCUGAGAGAAAAGUAUCCAUCCCAAGUUAGAUCGAACGCUUCUUUUGAUCCAUUAUUAUGACUAGUUUUCAGAAAUGAGUUACAUAUUUUUUGGAAUUAUAUCAAACUGUGAAACAACAGAAUGUAAAAGCUCAAGAGAUAUUGAAAAAUUGCGAUGCGAUGCGAUGAUCUUUUUCAACCAUUUUAAUUCAAACCGGAUGAUGUUGCUUGUCAAUGAGCGACUCGUUUGUGAUUGUAAAAAUUAUUCAAAAUAUAUAACAAUUUUUGAAGUCUGUCUUCUUUUUUUCCGUUAGAAAAUACAAUUCCUC